CUUUCAUAAAUAAAUUUACCUAGUUAUAGUCAUAUUUUUGUACAAAGUUUUUGUUUUUUUUUAGGCAUUUGUAAAAUAAUUAAUUGACACUGUUACAGUAUUAUAGUUACUGAAUCAUUAGUGAUUGCUGAUUAAUUAUUAAUUUCGUUAUUCAAACUAUGAACAAUAUUUGUAUUUUGCGCAUUACUUUUAGAAUAGUUAGACUUGGUUUCAAGGAUACAUCAAAACGUUGCCAGUAAGUUAAAACGUAAUUGUGUCGUAUUCUGUUUUUAAUAUUUUAAAAUUAAAAUUGCACUCAUUAACUUAAAUAACAACUUAAUACUGAACUUCAAGUACCUAUCAUCUAAAUUAGCGGUUAGUAUAUACAUUAUUUAGUUUUAAUUUAUCAUAGAUACGCAUACAAAUUUAAUGAAAAAUGAAAGUUUAAUUAAAAUGUUAACAUUUAUUUUAAAAGACUAAUUAGAAUUAUUAAAAUUAUUAUUUCUCUAACAUUUAAAUCAUUUUUAAACAUUAUAGUAGUCUUGUUCAGUAAAUGUUGUGAUUUCUAUUUUCAAAACGUUUUUAUAUUUUUAAAUAAUUAAUUAUAUUUUUUAUUGAUUAGAUCAACAAAACAAAAAUUGUCCACACACUAUGACGUUUUAAACUUAAAACCAGGAUGUACGAAAAAAGAAAUACGGAACUCAUUCAUAAAACUUUCUAAAUUAGUAUUUAUCCUCAAUUAAUAUUAUAUGUUUAGUGUGAAGUGUUUGUGAAUAUAUAUAAAAAAAAAUUAUGUUUCAGACUCAUCCAGAUGUCUGUGGUUCUUCUUCAAAUGAUAGAUUUAUAAGUAUUAAUGCAGCAUACAAUGUACUUAUUGAUGAAAACAAGAAAAAAAUAUAUGAUCAAUCAUUGAUGCGCACCUCAACGAACACUUAUAAUAAUUAUUCUAAUAUAGUGUAUUACCCUCCAUGUCAAAAUAGGCAAGCAAAAUAUUAUUGUAAUAGAUGAUAUUUUAAUUUUGAAGAUAAUCAAUUUACAAUAAAUGAAUCUCCAUUAUCUCUCUUAAAAUACUUAACUAAAUAAUAAAAUUACAGUAAAAUUAUUUUAGUUUGUUGUAAACACAUAAUAUUAAUUAAAAAUUUUAAAUAUUUGGUUACAUUUGAGAACAUAUUUCUAAAUAUUUAUAACUUAGGAAAAGUUGGAGAGAUGAUUCGGAAAAUUAUUGGCUAUCAUCAAAUAUUACCAUUGCAGCUGUUUGCUUUUCAAUACUAAUUAUUGGAUCAGUCAUUCGAUAUAUAGGUGUAAAGUAAGCAUGUUUAUAAUAAUACUAUAAUCAUUUACAAUAAAUAUUGUAAUAUGAUUUUUAAUUUUUUUUUUAGAAAGUCAGUAUCUGUACGUAGUAUGCUUAUGGAUGAAUCUGAUGAUCGUUUGAUCUUUUUAGAAAAACAAAAACUAAUGAAAACUAAUAAAACUAAUGCAGAGCUUAUAGAGAUUUUUGAAAAAAAUAUUCUAAAAGAAUAUGGCCAAGUUAAAAAAAAAUAAUAUAUUUUUACUGCUCAUUAA